GGUGAAGCUCCUGAUCAGCUGCGUCCAAUGACACGAGCUCUGGCUGAUUUUGGUAACUCUGUACAGCUCUCGUGCAGUCGGGUGAUGGACGCGGUCCAGACCUGAACCCACACAAGGGAAUACACUGUUGCACUGGACGUCUCCCGGUAGCCUCCCCCUGCAGGCCGGCGGAACCGGCAUAAAACAAUCACUGUAUGUUCGCCGUCUGAGCCGCUUAGCUGGGAAACACGAGACGACUCGUGUAUUCAUGUUCCCGGGCGCGCCUGAAUAAAGCACAGAGGCGAAAGCGGCUCGUGUGGUUUGCGCACAGGAUCUUAGAGCGGAGAACAUGUGAGAGGGGAAUGGGAAACUGGAAACUGGAUUACACUUUACAGAGAGACGCAAACGGGGCUACGUUCAGGAUUUUGACAAGGCGCAGCGGCUCCGUUGAGUAGGACAUCCCCGCGGCGGCCAAAGCGCUUUCAGCGGACACUGGGGGAAAUAAGGACUAAUAUACCAAAGAUGAACACAAUUGUGUUUAAUAAGUUAAGCAGCCAGGUUUUAUUCGAGGAGAAGGCGAAUGAAGUGGAAAGAAGCAGUCGAAAUUAUUUAGAGGUGAUCGAUGGACAGCAUCCGGACCUGCUCGCCAGCAGCACAGUCAUCAAAGACAGCUCCGCUAUCCGGCACCGGAGAUCCGGGUCUCGUCAGAACCCAGGAAAGGUACGGCAUAAACGGCAAGCUCUGCAAGACAUGGCCCGGCCUUUGAAACAGUGGCUCUACAAACACCGGGACAAUCCGUACCCCACUAAAACAGAGAAAAUCCUUCUUGCACUUGGCUCACAAAUGACACUUGUGCAGGUGUCUAACUGGUUUGCAAAUGCUCGACGGCGGCUGAAGAACACAGUUAGGCAGCCUGAUUUGAGUUGGGCCCUUAGGAUCAAACUCUACAACAAAUACGUCCAGGGCAACGCGGAAAGACUGAGUGUCAGCAGCCAUGACUCCUGCUCUGAUGAUGGUGACCCACCAGCACGGGCCCAGGUCGGGGAGUUCAGUAAGCCAAUGUACCAGAGCGUCAUCAAGAAGGAAGGUGGCGCUGUGGGUGCUGGUCUUCGAGCCGCUGCAGACGCCUCAUUGUCUGAUGACUAUGUGUCACCGCCCAAAUACAAGAGCAGCCUGUUGCACCGUUACCUUAAUGACUCACUCCGUCAUGUAAUGGUGGCUAACGGCGUAAUGGACGCAAGGAGGAGGAACCACUCAGGCUCUUUCAGCUCUAAUGAGUAUGAUGAAGACCUGCUGUCACCGUCUUCUUCUGAAGCAGAGGCCAACUUUAUCUACAGAACUGAGACGGUGGAGCAUGGAUCAAAUAAAUCAGACAGGUACAUGAAGAAGGAGAAGGGACAGAGGAAAGACGAGACAUACUGGAGGGAGAUCAACGCGGCCAUGGCCCUCACUAACCUGGCUCAGCCCAAGGACACGGCCACCGCCGCCACCACCAGCUGCAUCAUCCAGAAAUCCUCACACAUAGCUGAAAUCAAGACUGUUAAAGUGCCUAUCCUGCACAAAUACUAAUGCACACAAACAUACGCAGAAGAUCCCGCUCUUCUACCUUUGGAAUUCAGUUGUUUUGAAUAUUGUUUAUUACUUUGAGGUACUGCAAAAGAAUUCAUUUUUUAUUGUUAUUACGAGUACGAUGAAGUGCCAGGAAAUGCAGCAUUUGUAUCGUUCACCGAUUUGUGCAUUUCCUUUGGGUCGCACAAGCUUUUUUGAUAAGUGUUGAUGAAUUGUCAGUAACGACAGUAUUUCUGAACGAGACACUUUUGCAAUGUUAACUUAUUUUGAUAUUAAUCAGAAAUUUGUAUUGUAUCGCACCAAAGUGCCUUCAUGCAUCUCAAAGGAGAGAUUAGUGAGAAUGUACAGUUCAUGUCCUCUCUGAACUAAAUAAAUGGUUGAAACGACAGGAGGGGUGUGUAAUGCACUCUUCUCACAGCCUACAGGAGCUGAUGACCUUAAAAUAAAUCAACACAAGUCACAAAGACAUGCAUGUGAACCUAAGGCCAUUUCUGCAUGUUUUGUCUUAAAAUCUCAAUCUGGCUGUGACUACGACAUUAUUUUGUCUCUAAAAUGGAAAACUUCAACUGUCACCUGCCAUCAAUAGUCCUGAGCUGAAAACAGUAGCACAAAAAAUAUUAUUUAUACAUUGUUCACAGGACAUUGUUAUUUAUACAUCAUUUGUGGAAUUUAGUUGGAUGUUCAAAUGUUACUACUUGCUGCAUAAUGUUCCGAUAACAUUCCCAUCAUUUUUGCACAAAUAUAAAAAUACUGAUUUCCCUCAAUUAAAACAAACAAAAAAAUUACAACAUUUUCAAAACUGGAUGUUUUUAAUGUUCAAAGAACAUGCAGAAAUGACCUUAAUGGGAAUGUUAGCAAAACGUUUUUAGAACAUAUUUUUGUUAGCUGGGUUAGUCUCUGCUUUCUCUCAGUUGUACACAUUUCUUAGACAAACAAUGAGCAAGAGAGAGACAGACUUCAAGGUUUGGUCCGUAUCUGUUUGAGACGAGGACUGAGACCCAAAGGGAUAUUUAUGAAUCCAUUAUCAGUGCUGUACCGAAUGUGUUGCCUUCUCACGUUUCUGCUCAGAACAAGGUACUUCAGUGGAAGCAGUAAGUAAUUUGGCCAGUUGUGUUUUACCCCCUUUUCUCUCUCAGCUGGUUAGAAUUACUCUCAAAUUGCUGUUUACAAGAAGUAUGAGAGACACUUCCAUGUUUAAAAAAAAACACAAACCAUAGCAGUAUUACCACGUCUCUGAUUCAGUGAACGUUCUAACUUUUGUUUGUCCUGAGGUUUUAGCUCUUUUAGUUAGUGUUCUUGCCUUUGGUUCAACCAAGCUGUGUUAGUCUUGUAUUGACUGAAUGGAAAGAUGAUGAUGAUGUUCGAAGCAAAUGUUAUUUACAUUAGAGUUAUGGAUGCCAAGUAUGCAAUUUAGAGAAUUAAAAGCCACUUUUGAAGUGAGCGAGGUAACACUAUCUUAUGUCGGGUAUCCUUUUUUUUUUUUUUUUGAGAAAAGUCUCCACCUGCUUGUGGUGGGAAAGGCCAAAGAGACUUGUUCAAAAAGUUGCAUGCACUUAUCUGACUGCGCUCUCCUCCUUUUUUUCAGUAUUAAAAAUAAUACUCACAAACACCCCCUGAGACUAUAAUUCAUAAGUACUAUGUUCCUGUUUUCCUGCUCAGCAGAGUAGUGUAGCUCAUUUUUAGAACAUUUCCUAACAAAACUGGGAAAAUGUAUGAUCUGAUCUGCUUUUGAAAUCAAAUUUUCCUUUCUUUUUUUCUCUCUAAUCCAUUCAAAUCACACGUGAAUCUCUUUUGGCCUUCACAGAGAACAAAGAGACGAGAAAGCAUCAAUCUGAAGGAACCUGACAGACAAACAGUUAUUUUGUGCACACUUUAGAAAAUUUCAAAUGAUUAAAGAUUGUAAAAACAAACUUGUAAUAAUAGUCUUAUUUUUUAUUGUUAAGUUAUAUUCUUUUUUUUUCUUUUUUUAAGAGAGACUGGAUGUUCAUCCAAUGAAGGAAUGCAUUGCAUAAUAUCACAUUUAUUCUCUGAUUUUCUUUUAAUGUUCAGUUUACGCCAGGAACCUUGUUUACUUCAACAGAACAUUAAAUAAAAAAAUGUUUUGAUGAUAAGA